GCUGGAGAAGAGAACUCUGGUUAUAAUGCGCUUGGGCAGAAUAUGGUCGCAGCAACGUCUCCGGAGGCUCUGACUCCGAAAGACCGAAAACUUGCCGCUGACCACUCCACGUUCCGGAGGGUCUCUGAAGUUGUUCAGCGCGAAAGCCCGAAAACCGCGAUCGCAGAGGCAACAGGAGCCGACCAACGAAAGCAAGAGCUCGACAUGAGGGUACCUCCCAUUGAAGCCCUGCGCGGAGACCCCGCUCUCGGCCCGGAUCGGCUGAACUUCCAGUCAAAAAAUUGCAGAACGCUGAGGAAAGAGAUCAGGGCUUCGACGAGAAUUAGCAAACCCAAGCCCGAAAUGAAGGAUUCCCGGACUAGCACGACCGGCCUAGACGAAUAUGUUCGGCGCUCGCGACGGAAAAAAUCCGCUUGUAUCCAGAUCGAUCUCGAUGCGACGAGGGCUUGGGCGAAGGCGGACAACGGCCGAUGGGACCUCGAUGAUGCCUGCGGAGAUACGGGGGAACGCAGCGAUAAUCGAAUCGCGCCUUCGGAGCGAGAGGAAUCGACCGGCACGAGAACAGCUUUCCAUGCGCCUACUAUUGAUAGCUUCAUGCUCCAUAAGGUUUCGCGAAUGGAGCCGCUGAAUGAAUCGCUCCGACUCGAGCUCGCCCCAGAGGAGAGGAAUACGGAGCGUAUAAGGAACGCGUGCGACCAGAUUGCUGACAAUUCGGGAGGCCACGUCGUGUCUGAUGUUGAUAUGGUUGAGACCGGAUGUGAGCCGAGCAUCUGGGUUACCACAAGAGCGUCGGGUGAGCUCCAAGGCUCGCAAAGAACGUCUGUGACUACUAGUACCCGCAAAUGGGCGAAGAAAGCCCCCUUGACGGAGCCCGACGAGUAUCGGUCUGUAGGAUGUCCUCUUGAAACAUCUCGGAAGAUACCGAAGGAUACCUCCGAGCCGCGGGAGGUUGCGAUGGAAAGUGGACUUGAAGAAGCGCAUGAUCGAGCGCUCAUCUCUGGGCGAAAGCGCUCAACUUCGGAGAACAGGAGGCGGGAGUCGGAGCGAAUUGUAUCGUCCCCCGCCAAUGAGCGCGGGAAAUGUCUAGAUACCGUCCUUGAUCGCUCGCUGAGGAGUCGCCAGGUUGGGGCGGGCUCUCCGAGAACGACGCUCUCUUCUGCUACUUCAGAGGGUCUCCACGGGGCAUCUUCCUCGAAACCGCUUGAUUUGGAUCAGCUCGUCUCCCCAAAAAGACCCGAAGAUUCCCUUGUAGAUAUUGCGAAGAGGGACGAGCGAACUCGGAAAAAAGCGGAGAGACGGGACAGGAGCAAUAUCGAUCUUCAACAGGCUGUGCGGUUGAUCAGAGAAAAGAUCGAGCGGAAACGUAUCAUCGAGAACACUAUCUACCGCCGGAUAAAUUUGAUCUACGAAGAUUUGUGGGAAAAUUUUUUAGAGACUUAUCAUCCUGAAAGAUGGCUCAUCAUGAAAGAUGAAUGGAUGGCGCGAAAAGCGGAGAAACGAAUCGAAGAGGAGCAGCGGGGUCUCGGCCCUCUCGACGACGGAAUGGAACGUGAAGUUCAAAAAGGAACGAAAGCGGGCGCCGCGAAGUACUACAAAGAGUUCGAAGAGAAGCGAGCCAAGGAACGCAGGCGUAAGCUCGCUCUUAGGGUGUCAUCGAGAAAAAAUGUGGGAAGUGGAACGAGUCGACGGGAAGAGAGCAGGCGCAAAAGCCCACGGCUGCGAGAGCGCAGUGCGCGUCAGCAAUGAAGCCCGUCCCUUGAUUCCUCCCGAAUGCCCACGAAUGGUUGGAGUACGUGACUCAAGGAUUUUCUUACCACUCAUUUUACUUUGUAAUCUCGGCAACACCAGACGAAUCAUGCGUAGCCACGGUGUAUAUAUAGAGAAUUCAAUUUGGUUCGUUGUGCCUAAGUUCCCCGGGAAAUAGUCCCUCUUGAGUCGAUAUUGGAAUCAUUUUCUGAUUCGGUCGAAUAGUUGACCCUGCACGCAUCGCCGGGAAUAAAGAAA